GGAUUAGGCACCCGCCAAUGCACUCUGUUGGAUAUAACCACACAUCCACCAUGACCUACUUAUAGAUCUCCAAAGACCUCUCCCCAUGCGUGAGGAAACCACUGGUUUAUCGCAGCUGAUGAGUGCGCAUCCACCGUGAACCAUGGACACCAUUACCGGAUUCCCGCGACGGCUCACACAACUCUACACCGACACCAAAGCCUCGUGCGACGCCGUUGUUGAGCAGGACUCUCCCGAAACGCAACCCGAACUGAACGCGCUGCAUCGCAAAUACCGGAUACAAAAGGACCGCCUCAUAGCGUGGGGGCUGCAAUGGAGCGACAGUGCGAAGGGGAAGCAGGACGACAUCGCCGAGAGCGUCGAGCGCGCUGGCUUGACAGAGACCGUGACAAGCGUGCUCGGGACGAUUAAAGACAUUCUCGACGAGGCCGAGCGCAUGCUUCCCACUGGGAUGCAAGCGCACGUCAAAGCUGGCAUCGAUGAGAAGGGCGGAGUGGGUAGUCGGCCAUCUGAUGGUGCCGCGUGGGCGGCCUCGGACAGGUCACGGUACGAAGACCUAGCCAGGGACCUCACUACCUCCAUCGACAUUCUGUAUGACCUUUCUAGGUCACGAAGAACGGGUUGGGACGAUGCUCUGGCUACCGACUCUCCUUCCAAGGCUGAACCCGUUCCACCUCGCCCUGCUUCCUCGACAGCAGUCUUUCUCUCCUCCGAAUACAACGCCUCGGAUCUGACGUUGAUCAAUCCUGCCACACAACCUGCCUUCCCGACUGUAGCAGAGGCUUCGCCCGUUCAGAACACACCCCCAAGGCUGUCUCUGUCGGAUCUGAUCCUGCCCGAAGAGGAGCCACCCCCCUAUGAGAGCGUUGGCGUAUCAUCCUCCACUCGAGUGAUAGGCAAGCUACGCUCGCAGCGUAGUUUCACCAACCCCUGGAAGGCGGACGGCAACAGACCUACCGAGAUUCCCGUGCUGGUAGAGUAUGCUGCAUUUGACCCCGUGUAUCGUGAGACCCAAGUUCCUCCCCCUAUUGACAGAUUGGAAAAGCUCUUGUCCAUCUUGACUCGCCUCUCUGAGGAGAAAACCUAUCAUGGAACUCUGAAAUGCUUAGGUUACUUUGAGGAUCUGAGUCAGGCCCGGUUCGGCCUUGUCUUCGAACUCCCUGCGUUUGUGUACUCUGGCGCGGACGACGCUUCCAAGCCCCUGGAGGAUCUUCGACCAGUGACCUUGCUCAGUGUUCUUCAGACCGGAUCGAAAUCCGAGCACACCUCCACAAGUGUCACUCCCCCUUUAGAGGAUCGCUUCCGACUCGCCUUCACACUGUGCCUGGCAUUCAACAAGCUCCACCUCGACAACUUCGCUCACAAAGAUGUGAACAGCAGUAACAUCCUCGUGUUCCGCAAGAGCAGGUGUCAUUCUGCGAAUAGCAAAGCCUUGCAAUAUGCUCUCCGCUCCCCGGUCGUCUGCGCUUUUGACCUGUUCUCUGACUCCCACAUCACCGCAUCCGACUCCACCCAGCCCCAGCCCCUGAAUAUCUACCGUCACCCCCAGGAUCCCAUGUUUACAGGAGAAAGAGACAGACAGCAUGGCCCGCAUUUCGACCUGUACAGUCUCGGCCUCAUCCUGCUGGAGAUUGGUCUCUGGAUCCCCCUCUCGGACCUGUGGAAACCGAAAUACACUCUUGCGGAUUUCAAACAACGAGUCGAGGAGGUCUACACUCGUCGUUUAGCAUCGAAAUGUGGAACAGCUUAUAUGCAGGCGGUUCGGGAUUGUUUCUGGACAGCAGACCAGAUCGCCUCGGGAGCCGAGGACCCGGAGCACUUCUCGCAGCUCUAUAACCGGAUUCGGAUCAGGUUGCAGAGAUGUUGCCUUCUGGACGAGGCAGAGCCGUGCUACGAUUUUGACGGCUCACGAUCACAGGAUACACUUCCUAGCUCGUCGCCACUGAAACGUAAGGGCAUCACUGCUCCGGAGGCUGAUCUGCCACCAAGUCCAUCGCACAGAAGCGCAAAGCGAUGGGCGUUCGAGAAGGGAAGCGAGGUGCUAGAGCGGACCAGAACAUUAUCAAAGACAUCACCAAGAAGCUCACCGAACCUAGCCUCAAUGUCUCGCCAUGGAUCAAUUCGAAGGUCCAUCUCGCAUUUCAUCAGUCCGCGGGAGGAAGAGGUGUUGUCCCCUCCGGCAGCACAGGACAGAAGCGAUGUGUCAGCGGGUAACAAAGAAAGUCGCACCUCACAUGCCGAAUCAACCGACAGCUUCCGUGGGCCGAUGUCUUUCAGAGACUACAGAGAAAAAAUCACAAUUAUCCAGAAGGCUUGGCGACGAAGAAGAGCGAAACGUGCGAGCACCAUUCAGACCUUGCUCGCGGUGUCGACGCCUCCGGCCGUGGUAGCAUGCCCUCCCGAGCGAGUGACAUCAUAUCCAACACCAGAGCCUGAGGUUGAAACCGAGAACCACACUACGCAACAGCGCAAUUACCUAACGUCCAUUAUCUCCAUUCAGAGAGAGAUGGACCCCGUCGCACGCCCCAAGCUACGCCUCCAGCCUGUCAAGUUCUCUCCCGCCAUGGUCGACGAAUGGCACACGACGAUGCUCCCUCGGCUGGAGCGCCUUCUCGAACGCGCUCUGAAAGAUUCUGAUGAGACUAUAAGCAUCGACCUGGUUGCGAUAGGCGAGACUGCGGCGAGUGCGCGACCUACAAUAUUUGUUACUUGCAGCAGCACAGCGAAGGUGAAGGCGCUUUUGAGUCGGAGGUUCCGCUAUGACGAGAGUGUGUAUGAUCUCAGAGUCCGUCGCGGCAAAGUACGCCGUUCAAAAGUCAAUCGCUCGACGCGCCGGAGGAACCCACCACACCGCUCCAUGAUGAACACCGACACGUACGGUGCAGAUAUGCCGGUCAUGAAUCCAUGGCACCAGCAGCGUCCCCUAUGCGGCGCGUCCAUUGGCGCAUUUCGAGGCGUACACCUCCCACCAGUCUCAUAUGGCGGAGUAGUGCUUGUCGACGACGAGCCGAUGGGGAUGAGUGUCCAUCACCUGCUGGAUGCUCCUUCCGAAGAUGAGAGCGAAGCCGGUGAUGGAUUCGGCGGCCCACGCCAAGGAGAUGCAGUCCCCUCCAGCGCCAGACGAGAUAUGGACAGCAUGCUAGCAGGCAUGGGCAGCCAGCCUGGCUUGCAAAUGGAGACCGACCUACCGCCGUCCAUGUGGGAGCUUGAGCUCUCGGACGACGAACUUGACAAGAGCGACGAGGAAGAUGACGCGUCCUUCGACUUUUCCGACUCUCAGUUCGCAUCCGACGACGAGUUCGACGACGAUGACGAUCUAGCCGACUCCAUCACGUCUGCAGGUACAACGGGAGACAUUGCCGGGAUCCCUCUGGGCGAAGGCGACGAGAUCAAGAUCACUCAACCGGCCAUUGACGAUGUCGACGACGACUUCUUCCCAAACGAGGAGGACCGAGACGACGAUCACCUGUGCUCGCAUGAGCUCGGCUACGUCCACGCGUCUUCCGGCAUCCGCCGCUGGAAUCGGGAUGGGAUCGUGCACGAGAUUGACUGGGCGCUACUGAAACUGAACGAGGACCGUUUGCAACCCUAUAACCUCUUGCAGGGUGGAAGGCGGUUCUGCUUUGAUUCUACACUCGAGCCGGAUCAGCGGGAGAUUUCCUUGAAGCUGGAGCAACCGGUGUGUCGACGCCAUUACCGCCCCGAGGAGGACGAAUAUCCGAAUGGCAUUGCCAGUGCGGAUAAGCUGGGCGGGAUGAAUGUGCACUGCUUUGGGAGAACAUCGGGGCUGCAGGCGGGCAUGGUGGGCGCUGCUAUGAGCUCUGUCCGCAUCUACCGCCGCAAGACAUUCUCCAGGAGCUGGCAUGUCGAGGGCGACUUUGGCAUGGGCGGCGACUCGGGCGCUUGGGUGGUGCAGAACGGGACGCACCGCGUCGUAGGCCACGUGCUUGCAUGGUGCGAGCGCAAUCGGAUUGCCUACAUCUGCCCGAUGGAGGUGCUGUUCGAGGACAUGCGGCGCACGCUGGGAGCCAAACGGAUCUACCUGCCCGGCUCGGCAGAGGAGGCGCAACACGCCGCUCGCGUUCGUGGUGGAAGACGUUGUGUCGAGGAUGCCGACGGCGGCAUGGGACAGCUCGAAGCGGCGGUCGAAGGGCUGGGGAUCGUCGACUCUGCAGUCGAUAUGCGGGAUGCGCUGCAGGGAAAACGUGGGAGGGUGGAGCUUCCGCUGCUCAACACUGGCGGGGAGUCGGACAAGGAAAAUGUACCCGUGAUGAGGAGCAGGGUCAUCAAGGUGAGGGAGGGCCGGGGCGGGCAGCUGGGGGUGGCCUGAGAGGCGGAUGGCCAUGACGG